AGGGGUGCAGUUGGCUCGCACCAGGUUGUACUCACAACUGCUGUUUUGCUGGCUGUGGGACUGAGGGAGAGCUCUCUGGCUCCAUCCUCCCUGGGUGCCCAGCUAACCCGAGGUUCCUUCUGCCACCUCCAGGCAUUCUUUGGUGACAAAGCCAGCCUCCUAGCAGCUUAAGUAGUGUUUAUCCUUUGAGCAAAAUCCCAGCUACAACCCCAGUGGUUUUUAUGUCUCCUGCCUUCUCUUUAAAUGAGACUGAAAUUUACUACGGAUGCUGUUUCUUUUUUCCAGGCAACUUCCCAGGAAGCAGCAAGAGUCAGUCCCUAUGUCUGCGAUACCCAAGAUAGAGCUUGUUUUAACUGAUGAUUUAUGCCUGGUUUUAAAGCCCUCAAGUUCUCUUCUACACCGGGAUAGAAAUGAAAGCCAUUAAUCCUUUUUACAGGUUGAUUACCUACAUCUUUGUCUAUGAAGACCUGAUAUCCCUGACCUGUGGUGCCAUUAUCAUCUGGUAUUUUGCGGGCAGCUUUGAGAAGAACGUGGGUACUGUGAAGCACUGCUUCCUCACCAUCACCUUUGCUGUUGUCUCUGCUCUCCUUUACCUCUUACUCGAGCCCAUUGUCUCGAUGGUGUCAGAAGUGGAAGAUGCUAAAGGAUUCAUGCCAGUAGCUUUUGCUACCCUGGGUGUCUCCACCACACGCUCACGGAUGAAGAGAACUCUCUUUUUGGGGGUUAGAGUCCCAGUGGUGCUGGUGCCAUGGACUAUGCUCUGCAUUGCAUGGUUUAUCCCUCAUUCUUCUCUCUUGAGUAACCUGUGUGGGCUCUUAGCUGGGGAAGCCUAUGGGCUUGGCUGCUGUUUCUGCUUGGAUUUUCCAGAGUCAGUGGGCUCUAAGCUGGACCAGGUGUUCCCUUUCAGUCUGCUGAAGAGGAUACCAGGGCUGAAAUAUAUCCCAGGGUCCUCAGCAGAGAGAAGAGCCUUUGAAAGCAGCAAGGUUAACCCUUCACCAGGCACUUACCCAACCCAAAGCUACUACUGCACUUCGCCUCUGGCUUUUCCUGCUUUCCAGAUGCAGCAUCCCAGUGUUCAGAGCCAGGGGUUUCAACACAGCUGUGCUCCAGGCUAUGGUGAGGGAUCUCAGCACAGCCACACUGCAGGACACAGCCUCAUGUCUUCCUCCUAUCAAGCCAGAGGUGCCUUUGGAGGGUGCUACGUGCAGUCCCACACUGGAGCCUCGCCUGGACAGUGCUGCCAGUUCUCCCCUUCACCACAGACACUUGCAGGCCUGGUGCCCCCAGCUGGUGUUCAGCAAGCACUGGGGUAUCCAGCACCCAUGGGAGCUCCUGUUCCAGCUGAACUUUCAGGGGUCCAGGUGUACUGAUGCUCCAGAAAGCAGCAGGACUCUCGUACCAUGCAGGACCGCUGUGCAGCAGUGCAUUGCUGGCCUCUGCUGUAUCUGGGGUGACUGUGAAUGGGCUGGUAGGUCCAGCAUAGACCAUUCCCCUGCUCCCUGGCACAGGAGGCUUUAUUAUGUUUCUUUAAUAAUUAUUUUUUUAAACUCUUUUUUUACCUUUGGAUAUUGCUGGGGGUGGGACUCAUUUCUGUGCUUCUCGUCCUUUUGGAGGCUUGUUUUCAUUGCUGGGUUUAGCAGCUGCCUUUUUCCAUGCUUCCACUCAAGCUGUAGUGCAUCAGCUCCCUGACUCAAGCUAGGAAGUCAAUCACCAAAACACUGGACUAAUCUGGGGUUUAACUAGGCUGCAGUGUUAGGAUGUGUUCCAUCUCUUAGCCUUAACCUCCUAUCUUGUUUACAGGACCCUAAAGAGGUUUUAAAUCAUAAAAGCCUUAGUUUAUAA